AUGAGUCUUUCGGGUGUAUUGCACCCAUUAUGGCAAGUUGCUCAAAUCUACAAACCGGAGAGGCUCUCGCUCGGCCAUUCAUCCAAACAAAUACAGAAGGGAGGAACUCAGAUCCACACAUACGAGAUUGUGUUGAAUCUGACUUCAGAUUUAAGAAACGAGGGACUUCCAUAUGUCGAAAUCAGUACCGUGGUACAACCGAACUGCCUGGGUACAACCGUGCAGAAUCUGGAAUUGAUUAGUCCCCCGAAUCACGAUUCUGGUGAACUGAGUAUGUUGAGUUUCGUGCCAAGUAUUGUCAUAUUAGAUUACCUCUCCGAAACUGACGUAGUAGCAAAUAGUGUGAAGUCCAAAAUCCUCAAACACCUCCAAACUGGUUUCCAGAAUCAACUGAAGUUUAAACGCUCUGAUGGUUGGUUCGGCGUUUGGAAUCGACAAGACUCAGAAGGCAGUACUUCCUUGACGGCAUUUGUGGCAAAAUCGUUCAUAUUGGCGUCUAGAUAUAUCGACACAGACGAAACAGACGAAAUAGACGAUGCAUUCAAUUGGUUAGUGGAUGUUCAACAAUCGGAUGGAAGGUUCGAGGAGAUAGGACAGGUCUACCAUGCAGAUAUUCAAAGUGGAAUACGUAACAACAGCAUUGCGCUCACUUCUUAUGUAUUGAUAGCAUUUUUGGAGAAUCCCGAUAACGCUGCUAAUCACACCCCCACGGUUCGGAGAGCUUUGAGGUUCCUUCCGAGCAUAUACGAUGAAAUCGACGAUUCGUAUGAUCUAGCUCUGACAACGUAUGCCUUUUCGCUGGCUGGUCAUCCGAAGGCCAAACAAGCUCUUGAUGAUUUUAUUGAUCAGUCGAUACAUGAUGAAGAAAGUGGUCUUCGUUACUGGAACAGAACAUCCGCUAGUGUCGAAAUCGCUGGAUAUGCAAUUCUUUCGCAUAUGAAAAACAAACCAGUAAUUGGGGUGAUGGAAAUUGUACAAUGGCUAACUCAGCAGCGUUACGGACAGGGCAGUUACGGGGGAGUACAAGACACAAUUGUUGGAUUGGAGGCACUAACGAAGUUUUCUGCCCAAAUUUCAUCAAAGAAAAAUGACUAUCGAGUCACUAUUUGGCACAAACCCUAUAGAACCCACACCUUUGACGUCGACAAAAAUGAUACAUUUAGUAUUCAAGAGCUUGAUAUUCCAAGCCACGUUAGACAGAUACGGGUUGAAAUCGUCGGAGUGGGUUACGGUAUGUUCCAAGUGGCCUAUCAAUAUUAUAUGAGCAUUGAACGGGCCAGACCGAGCUUCAAGAUAAACGUGGAAGUUUUGAAGCGUUCCAAUUAUUACGUACAGCACUUGCAAGUAUGUGUGAAUUAUAUUCCACGGGAAGCAUAUCAAAGAUCGAACAUGACAAUGAUUGAAGUAUUCUUCCCGAGUUGGCUCGUUCGAUUAAUAUAUUUUACCUGUCAACUACAGAAAACUGAACUUCGAUUCGCCGCUACUUCCGUUGUUGUCUACUAUAACAGCUUGAAUUCAGACGCUAGGUGCUUCCGAGUCACCGCUUACCGUAGGUACAAGGUUGCAAAUAAUCGACCCGCUAACGUUGUUGUGUAUGAUUUGUAUGGCCUAGAUCGCUUCGCCGUCAAAUCAUACCAAGGCAUAGUUGCGCAGCUGUGCGAUAUUUGCGAAGAUGAGGAAUGUGAAAGCCUGUCCUGUCGCUGA